AUAAGUCUUAAGUCACAAAUUCACUGGUAAAUUGAUAAUUGAUGGAGUAGUUGUUUUGUUUGAAAUUUCUUGAAUUCUUGAACAUUUUUCUAAAUCAUGGCUUUAAGAACCUACGGAGAUAAACCAAUAAGUUUUCAGCUCGAAGAAAAUGGAGACUACUAUUGUGUUGGUUCCGAGGUGGGAAACUAUCUACGCCUCUUUCGAGGUUCUCUCUAUAAGAAAUAUCCUGGAAUGUUCAGGAGAUCAAUUACAAAUGAAGAACGGAAAAGGUUAAUUGAACUUGGUCUAAGUCAACAUGUUCUAGCUAGUAGCGUAUCACUACUGAGAGCAGCUGAAGUAGAUGAUAUCAUCGAAGGGAAUGACGAAAAAUAUAAAGCCGUAUCUGUCCAUACUUCAGAACCACCAAUGCCUAGAGAAAGUAAAUCGAAGAAAAAUUUGCAAUGGGUGCCAUCUUUGCCAAAUUCCAGUCAUUUAGAUGCAGUUCCUCAAGCUACUCCUAUUAAUAGGAACAGAGUAGCAUCAAAAAAGGUGAGGACAUUCCCAUUAUGUUUUGAUGACACAGAUCCACAAGUAAACAUUGAAAAUUCUUGUCAGCAAGAAAUACUUGUUCCUAUUAGACUUGAUAUGGAAAUUGAAGGACAAAAACUCAGAGAUACUUUUACAUGGAAUAAAAAUGAGAGUUUGAUUUCUCCCGAACAAUUUGCGGAAGUCCUUUGUGAUGAUCUCGAUUUAAACCCAUUGACGUUUGUGCCUGCCAUAGCUCAAGCAAUCAGACAGCAGCUGGAAGCUUUUCCAAACGAACCGCCAAGUAUACUGGAAGAGAAUUGUGACCAGAGAGUAAUUAUCAAGCUGAACAUACAUGUAGGAAAUACUUCAUUAGUUGAUCAGGUGGAAUGGGAUAUGAGUGAAAAACAAAAUAACGCCGAAGAGUUCGCUCUCAAAUUAUGUUCCGAGCUGGGUCUAGGAGGGGAAUUCGUAACAGCCAUAGCAUACUCUAUCCGUGGUCAACUCUCGUGGCAUCAGAGGACUUACGCUUUCAGUGAAGCUCCGCUUCCGACAGUUGAAGUUCCGUUCAGAACUCCCAGCGAGUCAGAUCAAUGGGCGCCGUUUUUGGAAACUUUAACAGAUGCCGAAAUGGAGAAAAAGAUAAGAGAUCAAGACAGGAAUACCCGAAGGAUCCGGAGAUUGGCGAAUACAACGCCGGCCGUCAACCGAUGACUCCAGAAAGAAGCCCGCGACAUUUCCAAAAAUCAGUUUUCUACACUCGUUUAAGUCAUAAUAUGGAAUAUAAUUAUAUAAAAAGACUUUGAAGACACAGGCAGGUGUCUGGUAUGCAGCGCCAGAGGGAAAAUAUUGUUUUGAGUGUCCUUCAGUAAUUCGAAAGAAGUUAACAAGAUUAAUUUGAGAAAAAACUGUAGCGUGUCUAAUUUAAUUUUAAGUAGAAGAGCGUAGAACAAUAUUUAAAAAUGUGUAAAUCUAUGGUUAGAUAUAAUAUUUUGAAAUUGGAAAUGUAGCGUAGAUAGGAUAGGAUUUUUAAACAGUCUUUUUUAUUUUGUACAAGUGAAUUACCUUACUCAGUAAAUAUUUGGAAAUAAAUGUAUUGUAAAGGUAAA